UCGUGCUAGUGCAGCAGCACAGCUCAAGAGCACCGUGGCCUCUGCUUCGCUUCCCCUGAUCACUGCUCGGCCAGGCGGGGGCAAAUUUUCACCGAGCAAAGAAACAAGGGGGAAAAAGGACAACAGAAAGGUGCUGUUCGCCGCUGCACGGCCCCAGUGAGCGGGAGCUACACGAGUUACUUUCAGCGCUUCAGCCCGGACACUGCUGUUGAGGAAUGGAAGCUGAUCAGAACCAGGAAGUGCCAGAGGCUGUUGCUGAGUCACAGGCCAUAGAGGAAUCGCCUGCUCCUGAGCAGCCCAAGCCUGAGGAGGUGGAAGAGAAGCCCUCGGAGCCCGCCGAGUCACCGCAGAAUCCUACGGAGACGGGGGAGGCACCAGCGAAAACUUCUGAGCCAGAGAAAGCACCCGAGGUGGAGCCUGCUGAAGCCAAAGCAUCUCCUGAGCCUGUGCAGGCAACCGAGAACGUGGAAGCAGCAGCAGCAGACCAAGCGAAGCCUUCAGAAGUGGAAAAGCCUCCUGAGAAACCAGCAGAGGGUGAGACUAAGACAGAGAAUGAAAUAGUGGAGCAGAAGACCACUGAGCAGGUGGAGAAGAAGCAAGAAGUUGCUGAGAAGUCUGCUGACCAGUCAGAACAAAAAGUAGAAGGAAAGGAUGCUGGGGAAGUGGAGGCCGCCGCCGCUACUGCUGCGAAGGAGGCAGAGAAGGCAGGUGCCCCAGCGUCAGAGACGGAGCCUGAAAAGCCGUCUGAAGCAGAGCAGGUUCAAGCUGAGCUCCCCAAAGAGGCAGCGCAACAACCAAAGGAGGCGGAGCUGCCACUUUUCUAUGGCUGGUUCCUGCUUUCAGAGGUUGAGCAGAGGAUAAGGUGCUCCACCAUGGAUUUCCUCAAGACUCUGGACACUUUGGAGGCCUUCAAGAAACAUCUCAGUGAAUUUACUGGGGAAGCAGAGAAAGAGGUAGACCUGGAGCAGUACUUCCAGACCAAAGAACCUCUCCACUGCACAACCAAAUUCUGUGACUAUGGAAAGGCAGAGGGAUCAAAAGAAUACGCUGAACUACAGGUGGUGAAGGACUCGUAUGGCAACUCAGCGGAGCUGUCCGUUGUGGGUCUCAUGGUGACCCCUCGCACGUUUGGUGCCCGUGUAGAGCUGACCCCAGAGCAGUUGCAGCUGUGGCCGGCAGGAGCUGAUAAAGAGGGCGUACCCGAGGCCUCCCUGGCAGGUGUGGAGGCUCUUCCGGAGGGCAGCCGCGCCCACGUCACCUUGGGCUGUGCGGCAGGGGUGGAGGCGGUUCAGACCGGCUUGGACCUCCUGGAGAUCCUGGUUCUGCAGCAGGGAGGCCAGGAGCAGUCGGCCGUGGAGGAGCAGGAGCUGGAGCCGGGCACACUGUCCUACCUGGGCCAGGGCCGCUGGUACCUGAGCUUGAGGGAGGCGGUCACAUGCGACACCACUUUCUCCAGCUUCUCUGAAGACAAGCGUCCCGCUGAAGCAGCCAAGAAGGAGGGUGGGGAGAAGAAGAAGAAGCCAAAGUGCUCCAUUCUGUGAGGGAAAUGGAGAAGAUGUUUCUUUAGGGUUCUUGGGGGGGGCACUCCCCAACUGCCUGAGGCUGGUUUUCUGUAUGUGUGGUUGCUGUGGGUUGUGUGUAUGUGUUUUUUCAGCUUUAGUGUACGCAUAGGGCUGGGGGUGGGUGAUUUUUGGUACAUACUGCAAGCCCCUGUCAUUCCAAAGCACUCCCAGCCCUCCCUUUAGCAGGUGCCUUUCCCCCUCUUUCGCUUGGCAGCACAAGCUCCGAGGCCUUAGAAUCUGCCUUAAGGUCAUUUCUCACCCUGCUGUAGGUCAUAGUUCACUCGUUAGGUGCUACUAGCUCACUCGGCUUUGGCCACUGCACUAUCCCUGUUCUCUUCUACACUGCGGCAUUCAGUCAGUCUUCCCUGCACUCAGUAGGAUGUUAGCUUGCUUAUCAGGACGCGUUUAUCUCUACUAUUAGUUUAGCUACACUGUCGUCACCGCUUGUCACUUCCAAUUUGGCUUAGGUUUUGUUAGUUUUGGUCAGGCUGGAGUGCUAGAACGUCUGUUCAGAUGCUGCAACUAGAUGUAACCAAUAUUGGUGCCAAAUAGGUAUGGCUUGCCUCCAGGUUAGUUCAAAAAUUUGAGCCUAGAUUUGAUUACUGCGCAUGAAUGGCUGUUUGUUGCUGUGCGUAUGUUUGGAACGUCUGCGUAUUUAGUGCAUUUCUUCUCUCUCUGCAGUAGUGAUAUGACUCUUGUGAUGAACGUCAAUAAGACAGCAUGCAGCGUCAACUUUAAAACCCCACUCCCCACUCAUUAGCCGUCUUCAGUGCACAGGCAUUUUCAACGUAGUUUUUUUUUUUGCAUUGUUCCACUUUUUUCCACUCUGUAUCCAACAUGGCUGUAUUCUGUCUUUUUCUCAGUGAGUGAAACUGUGAA